AUGCCAUCUAUAGACAAUAGAAGUAGUGGUGGUGCAUCCAACAUCUCCUCAGCAAUCAAUUUAACAAAGACAAUUAUCGGAGCUGGAUUGUUAUCCAUGCCAUUGGCAUACGCCACAGAUGGAACAAUUUUUGGAACUUUUAUAAUCAUACUUGCUGCCUUGACGUCGGGCUUUGGAUUGUUUAUACAAGCUUACGUCUCACGCUACAUUGCUAGUGGGCAUGCAAAUUUUUUUGGAUUGUGUUUAAUCACGUAUCCACAAUUGUCGGUCAUAUUUGAUAUUGCUAUUGCGAUUCAAUGUUUUGGUUGCGCUAUUUCGUACUUGGUCCUUAUUGGUGACUUGAUGCCUACAAUAAUAUCUGAUGUACCAUACGUGGAAGAGAAACACUACAGAACAUUUUGGUUGUUGGUUUCGGCACUUUUCACAGUGCCAUUAUCAUUUGCAAAAAAACUUGAUGCUUUGAGAUAUACCUCGAUUUUGGCUUUAAUUGCCAUAUUGUACAUAUCACUUCUCGUUGUUGCCCAUUUCUUCAUUCAUGAUAUUCCCCGUUCGGGCAUUAUCGAGUACUUCCCAUCCAGCAUCACCGGGGUGUUUAGCACAUUUUCAAUUAUUGUUUUCGCCUUCAGUGGGCAACAAAAUAUGUUUUCCAUAAUCAACGAAGCAAAAGACAAAUCGUUGACCAACUUGACUCGUUUGAUCAACUUUGCCAUCAUUCUAUCAAGUGUGUUGUUUAUUGGAGUUGGACUUGCCGGCUACUUGACUUUUGGAUCUAGUGUCAAUGGAAACGUUAUUUUGUCGUAUCCUAAUGGUGCUGCCACUUUGUUGGGGAGAUUCUGCAUUGUCUUUAUGGUUCUUUUUUCAUUCCCUUUGAUGUUUUACCCCGCAAGAAUAUCUUUCAACAAUAUUUACUACUCUGCAAAGAAGGGAUUGCAAGAGAAAUCCGAAGAGGUAAACGAAACGACCCUGUUGAUUCAAGGUGGCGAUGAAGGAGACACGGAAGAACAAACUAACUUACAUGUGGUUCCAUUCACGCAUAAAACCUUUGUUGUACUUACUAUUUUACUUUUGAUUACAGCAUAUACACUUGCCAUUACAUUGAAAUCGUUUGCAUUUGUGUUGGCCAUAGUCGGGGCCACUGGCUCAACCUCUAUUUCCUUUAUUUUACCAGGUUUGUUCGGGUACAAACUCAUUGGUUCGGAACUGGAUGAUCCAAGCACUUUAGAAAAGAUUUUCAAAUACUUAUCGCUUGGAUUGACCAUCUGGGGAGUGGCUGUCAUGAUUGUUUGUUUGUACAGUAGUUUAGCAUUGUGA